GAGAGGGGGCGUCAUAGCGUGGUCCGAUACGCCGAUCGAUAAGCCGCCUCGAAAAACAUUUGGCGGGACAAAUUCCAGCGCCAACUUUUUUACGGCUGCCACAAGACACCCCAAAACACAACCUCACACACUCACGCAGUAUGGCGAAGCGACCCGCAGACUCAGAGCAAGAGCAGGAGGCUAUCAAAAAUGGAGAUCGUCCCAUGGAAAUCGACCAGCACAACGAAGUGGGCGACUUUGAGGAUGAGUUCGAAGAUGAAUUUGAGAGCGAGGAUGAGAUUCUCGAAGCAGGUGUAGAUGGACGGCCAGACGAAGAGCGCGAAGCUGAAGAGCGUGAGAAUGGCAUGGAUGUGGACCAAGAUACUUUCAUUCCCGGUCGUCACAAACUCUCACCAGGCGAGACAUUGAACCCCGAUCUUUCCACAUACGAGAUGCUUCACGCGCUCGAAGCACCAUGGCCCUGUCUCUCAUGCGACAUCGUACCCGACAAUCUAGGCGCAGACCGCAAAACAUACCCUGCAACCGUCUACUCAGUGGCCGGCACACAAGCAGCGCGAGGAAGGGACAAGGAGAACCAGAUUAUGGUCAUGAAGAUGAGCAGUCUAUCGCGAAUGGAGAAGGAGGAUGAAGAGGACGAUGACGAAGAAUCCGACGACGAGGCCUCAGAUCCUAUCCUCGAGACAAAGUCGAUACCGUUGACGAGCUGCACGAACCGCAUACGCGCCCACCAGACACCGCAAGCCACAUCCGCACAACCUCCUACGACUCUUACCGCCGCCAUGACCGAGUCAGGACAGGUCUUGAUCCACGACGUUACCCCACACCUCACAGCCUUCGACACGCCCGGUACUACCAUCUCACCUACACAAAACAAGCCUGUCUGCACGAUUCGCGCACAUGGAUCAAACGAGGGUUAUGCGCUAGAUUGGUCGCCACUGAUACCAGAAGGAAAGCUCCUGACGGGUGACUGUAGCGGAAAGAUCUUUGCGACGACACGGACACAGGGUGGAGGUUUUGUCACAGACACCACGCCUUAUACCGGUCACAGUGGCUCAGUAGAGGAGCUCCAGUGGUCACCGACCGAGAAGCACGUAUUCUCCUCUGCGUCGAGCGAUGGCACAGUCAAGAUCUGGGACGCGCGGUCAAAGUCACGGAAGCCGGUGCUCAGUGUACAAGUCUCAAAAACGGAUGUCAACGUACUGAGUUGGUCACACCAAACCGCCCAUCUCCUCGCUACCGGUGCAGACGACGGCGAGUGGGGAGUCUGGGACCUGCGACAAUGGAAGCCCUCUACCGAUAUGUCGAGCGAGAAGAAGCCUUCACCAGUUGCGUCAUACACUUUCCACAAGGAGCAGAUUACCUCGGUCGAGUGGCAUCCUACAGACGACAGUAUCGUGCUUGUAUGCGCCGGCGACAACACCCUCACUCUGUGGGAUCUGGCCGUUGAACUCGACGACGAAGAGAGCAAGUACACAGCAGGUGUCCAAGAUGUACCGCCGCAAUUGCUGUUCGUGCAUUACAUGGAGCAGAUCAAGGAGGCGCACUGGCACCCGCAGAUUCCGGGCGCCAUCAUGGCUACAGGAGGAUCAGGAUUCAAUGUUUUCAAAACGAUCAGUGUAUAAAGUAGUGCCACAUCUGCCCAAAAUUUCAAAGAUUUUACCCUCCUUGGGUUCAUGCAUUCCG